AUGGUCUUAGCGCCCUUAAAUGUGAAUAGCGAUUUUUCAGCCCUAGAACUAAACCUCCGUAAAAUUGAAAGUAUUCCAUUGUCGAAUUCCCCUACACGCAUUCAUAGACUUUUACGGAUACAGUCUCGCAUACCAUUCUGGGUAGGGGCCAGCGCAACCGUCUACACCUUAGGCUUCUAUGCUUUUUCAGUAUAUUUGUCUCAUACGAAGCCGCUCGAUCCCUCAACAGACCCCCAAUCAGACACUUCCGAGAAAGAUGUGUCUGGCUGCUAUAAUGAGAUAGCCAACAAGUUUGACUCUGAGGUUGGCGGUGUCGAAACCACCACAUUACUGUGGCUUCUGCGUAGAAGGCUCGUAAGCCAAGUCGAUGGACAUGUUUUGGAAGUGAGCGCAGGAACGGGACGCAAUCAUAAAUACUACAAUGUCAAGGCAUGCAAGAGUAUAACUUUCGUUGAUCAAUCGGCUCCCAUGCUUGAGAUCGCCAUACAGAAGUGGAAGGACCUAUGGCCCCAGCCACCUCCUGAUACGGCGAUAGCUUUCAAGCGGCAAGCAACGCUUGACAUCAAGGAGAAGCCGAAGAACGGCUAUGACUACAUCAUACAGUCUAUGGGUGUAUGCUCAACGCCUGUGGCAGCUGAGACCAUUGCACACCUGGGGACUCUACUCAACCAGAAGACGGGCAGAAUCUUGCUGCUCGAACAUGGUAGAGGCCGCUACAACUGGAUCAACAACUUUCUGGACCGCUCAGCUGCUCGACAUGCUGAAAGAUUCGGAUGCUACCACAACAAAGAUAUAAGGGAAAUAAUUGAGGAAAGUGGUCUGGUCAUAGAAAGGAUUGAUCGACCUUACUGGUGGAACAUGGGGACCGUCUGGGUAGUUGAGGCAAGGCCAAAAGGAUGGAACAAAUUCAAGCAGUGGACAAUGAAUUGA